AUGAUUCGACAAGAUGCGCACCGUAUCGAUCCAAAGCGUCGCGCUACAAUUGAUCACAAGAAAAGACAGUUUGCGACACCAACCUACAAGCAGCAAGACUACCCGCAUCGUUUGAAUUUGUACGAUACACCACCUACUGCGGAAAUUACCCUUGAACAAUUCGAGCAAUGGGCGAUCGAUCGCCUGAAGGUCCUGGCCGAGAUCGAAGCAUGCUCUUACCGCAACAAGUCUCCUGCGGAGACCGAAGCUCACAUCACACCUCUCCUCCAAAAGUUUCUUCCAUUAUCGUCCAACACCGCGUCCCCGAACGGUGCGGCAGAUCCUCGUCUGAAGAAUGAACGCCAAAAGGAUCACUACUCACACUUCAUCCUCCGGCUCGCUUUCUCCGCGACGGAGGACCUUCGUCGUCGAUUUGCGCGUGCGGAGACGAUGCUUUUCCGGUUCAGGUUUCAGAAGGACGACUCUCGCGAGCGGCGUGCGUUCAUUGAGAGUCUGAACCUGGAUUGGGAGCCUGUGAGUGAGGAUGAGCGCAAUCAGGUUGCUGAGCAUCUGGUCGGGGCGACUCCAGGUCUACGCCGUGUCGAUGAGGAGACUUGGUAUAAGGUCGACUGGGAGAAGGUUGCAGAGCUCGUCGAGCGACGGUCUGUGUUCAUGAGGCGAGGCAAAGCCUAUGUGCCCGGCAGAGAACAGCUGAGCAUGAUCGUGGCCGAAUUCACUGCUCGUCUGGAGCGCUCAUUAGAGCUCACGAGCCGAGCUCUUCCUCGAUUGGACGAAGACGAUCGUCUCACCCCCAUACUCAACCACCUCUCCAAGAAUUUCGGUAGUGCAGAAUCAGUGUACUCCGAAGCUGAAGGUCACGUCGACGGCACAGCAAUCACUGCCAGCUCCAUCGAUUCCCUCUCUCAGCAUUUCCCUCUGUGUAUGCGCAAUCUCCACAUGAAUCUGCGCAAAAACAACCACUUGAAGCAUUUCGGGCGACUACAGUACACCCUCUUCUUGAAAGGCAUCGGUCUUUCACUGGAGGAGUGUAUCCUAUUCUGGCGGCAAUCCUUCAAGGGCAAGACAGACGACGAGUUCAACUCUCAGUACAAGUACAACAUUCGUCACGCUUACGGUGAUGUUGGCGGAGACGUGAACCGUCGUGGUCGUGGAUAUCCUCCCUACUCAUGCCAGAAGAUUCUCGGUGAUAACAACGUGGGAGUGGGUCAAGCACACGGAUGUCCCUACCGGCAUUUCUCAGUCGACAAUCUGAUCGGACUGCUCCAAGGGACUGGUGUCAAUGACAAGGAGGUCCUUCGCGGCGUUCGCGAGGACGUCGGCAAGCAACGAUAUCAUAUCGCGUGCAACAGGGUUUUCGAAUGGAGUCACAAGACUGAGAUCAAGAAAGUGAAGGAGGAUGGCACAUGGAGUCAGGCAGACCUGGACACUAUUGUUCAUCCCAACACCUACUUCAAGCGCAGCUACUUGCUCAAGUCAUUGGCCAAAGCUCCGCCUCGUGGGGAGGCUUAA